AUGGUCCAUCUGUUUAUGAAGUACCAUCGAGCAGAUGUUACGCAAUAUGACACGAUCUCACUCGUCGAAGCCGAUUGGUACGACCAGCCGGGGACAUACGAGGAAGUGACUACAUACGACAGAAAGAUGUUCUACCCAUCAACGCUCGGCAUCAAGGCAACUACUGACGCGCAUCGAUUCGAAUUUCCGACCAAGGCGGGGAAGGUUGAGAGCAACGGCGACAAGCGCUUCGAGAAGUUGUUUGCAUUCAGCAAAAAAGACCACUACACGCACACGAGUUUGAACUUCGUGAUGAACGUCUACAAGUCUACAACAAACAUCAUGGCGGCUCGAAGCGCUUGGGGUCAUCUCGUAUCGACCAACACAAUCAUCAAGAGCGAACAACAAAUUGGGAAUGAAGGAAUCGAGUUCAGCCCGAACCUCGACGACGAUGAUGCUCGUUACUACUUGCGGGAGAUCCUUACGCAAUCUAAUGGAUUCACGUUCUACAAGCUUGGCGAUAAAAGUAAACCUUAUUUCAAGCAUCAAUUCCGUAUCAAACCGUUCCUGCUCUCGCAUUGUCGUCGCAUCAUGGCGAACCUUGUUCUAAAGAACGCUGAUAAGGUCAAUCGCAUCAUGACAGACUCGAUUACGUAUGAAGGCAACGUCGAGAUCGAUGCAUUCAUGUUCAGCAAGAAAGAUGAUAUGAGUGGUCGUGACGCUACAAUUGUCGGUAACAGUCUCAAGAUGUUUUGA